CUUUGCUGGACAGUAUUGGCCCAGGGAUUUAAAAAUUCCCCCACUCUGUUCGGCCAGGCUCUGGCCAGAGACUUGGAGGAGUGGGACAAUGAGGACAAAGCCCUCCUUCUGCAAUAUGUAGAUGAUUUGCUAAUUGCUGCUGUGGGUCUAAUCCCUUGUCUUAAAGCUACUGUGAGUCUCCUGAACUUUGCUGGACUCCGAGGAUACAGGGUAGCUCGAAGCAAAGCUCAAAUUGCACUCUCUGAAGUUCAAUAUCUGGGAUUUCACAUCAGGCGGGGGAGAGACGACUCUCAAAUGACAGAAAGGAAGCUAUCUGCCAAGGUCCUAUCCCUAGCAACCGUAAAUGGCUUAGAGCAUUUUUGGGCAUGGCAGGUUUUUGCAGAAUAUGGAUCCCCAGAGUUUGAACUGUGGGCUAAACCUCUGUAUGAAUGUGUUAAGAGAGCGGAUCAUGACCCCUUUCACUUGUCCCCAGAAGCUGACAGGGCAUUUAAAAUUUUGAAAAGGAAGCUGAUGGAAGCACCAGCCCUGGGUCUGCCAGAUCUCUCUAAGCCAUUCCAACUGUAUGUACAUGAAAGGAAAGGGAUAGCCCUGGGAGUGCUUACUCAGUUACUAGGUGCCUGGAAACGUCCCGUAGCCUACUUUUCUAAGCAACUGGAUCAAGUUUCAAAGGGUUGGCCAGCAUGUUUGAGGGUGGUCGCAGCCACUGCCCUAGUGCUUGGGGAAGCUGAAAAACUGACACUGGGAGGAACUGUGCAAGUGUAUAUUCCCCAUAUGGUUCAAGCCCUGCUGGAUACUAAGGGUGGUCUCUGGCUCACCCAGGCUCGGAUUGCUCGGUACCAGGCAAAACUGUUAGAGAAUCCUGAAGUUACCCUGCAAACCUGUCCCUCCCUUAAUCCAGCUACCCUGCUACCAGAGACAGAAAAGCAGGAACAUGACUGUCUGGAAAUCAUAGAUGUACACUACUCUAGCCGCCCAGAUUUAAAAGAUCAACCACUUCCAAAUGCUGACUUGGAAUGGUAUACUGAUGGCAGUAGUACUGUUGUAAAUGGGCAAAGGAGGGCUGGUUAUGCUGUUUGUCUCUCCAUGAUACCAUGGAAGCUGAAAGUUUACCUGCUGGGACAUCUGCCCAACUUGCUGAACUAGUGGCCCUGACUCGUGCACUCGA